ACAAAUUAGAAAGAAUUGUCAUAACAAAGAUGGCGGCGAGCUCUACUUUUCUGGGCUUAAGGACCCAUUCUCAGAAGGUUUGCAGCCUUUAUAAAAAGGCUUUGCGUAAUUUAGAGGCGUUUUAUGACGAUCGAAUUGUAUAUCGCUACAAUGCAGUCCUUCUACGUGACCGAUUCAACAAACAUGCUAAGGAACCAGAUAUGCGCAAAGCUGUUGCCCUGCUGAAGGCCGGAGAAGAGGAGUUGUUUUUGCAGCAGCAUCCCCUUCCUAAAAAGUUUUCACUAAGUCCUGGUGGCGUUGCCUACGAACGUGUUGUCACACCACCGGAUUGGGUACUUGACUACUGGCAUCCCCUGGAAAAGGCCGAGUAUCCCGAAUACUUCAAGAAAAGAGAGCAGCGCAAGAAAGAAUACAUAGCCAUGUGGGAGAAGGAGUUUGGCAAAGCUGACCCGAAAGAUUCGCAUCAUUGAUUUAUAUAUAGUAGUUGUAUCAUAGUAAAUUAUGUUUAUU